CACGACUUUUACUCUUCACAUCUCCACCACCACAAAUCAUGAAGACAUCUCUGGUCCUCCUUGCCCUCAGUCUGCUGGCUUGUUCAGUUUGGAAAAUCCAUGGGCAUCGCCAAGAGGUUGACCCUGAUGACCAGGAAGUAGUGGAAGCAAAGCCGAAAAAGUGCAUGGUAACAGUGGAAAAGCGCAUGGAGCAACAGCUAAAGGGGACCUGCUGGGUGUGUAAGUGGGCACUGAACAAAGUGAAGAAAUCCAUCUCCGCUUCCUCUAGCCAGGAGGAGCUAAAGCAGAAGCUGUUGUCUGUUUGCGAUAAUGUUGGCUUCCUAAAAUCUAUGUGUAAAGGCCUGGUGAAAAAACACUUGUGGGUGCUGAUUGAGGAGCUUAGCACAAGCGAUGAUGUGAGGACCAUCUGUGUUAACAUUAAGGCCUGCAAACCAAAGGAAGUUUUGGACCUGAGCUACUGACCAAGCAGCCAGUAUCCAGAUUCCAAAGUGAGAAGAUGGAUGUUCAGGUGUCAAGACAAUGCUAUGCUGCCAGCCUCUUGCUCUUUCUUUUUCAAACUAGUCACAACAUAACCAUAUAAAUUAAUAAUGACGUUUUUGGAAUGAUUAUGUUCUGAAAUAAUGUUUUGGGAUCAUGUAUUAUAAUUAAGCAAUAAAGCCAGAGGGAGUGUGGUAUUUGGCCAAUUUACCAUGGAUAAGGUCUGUUCUUAUUCACCACCAGCCUGGAUACAUCCCUUAUCUGUGGUGUAACGGCCCUAUUACACAAACCUCAGAGGUGCCUUGUUGCUAUUAUAAACAAGUUACCAAGGAAGUAAUUUGAUUAGCGUCAUACCCGUGGUAUAUUGUCUCAUAUACCACAGCUUUCAGCCAUUCAGAAUCCAGGGCUCGAAUGAUCCUGUUUAUAAAAGUGUAGGUGUCAGUCUUAAACUGCAGUACAUUUUGUAUAAUCUACAAAUGUAAAUCUUUUGCUAUUUUAGUCCAAAAUGUUGAAAAUGUUGAAUGUUGAAAAUGUUGAAUGUUUGUUUGAACUUUUUGUCCGGGCAAAAAAUAAACCUCAAGUACAACUACAA